GAAAAUACAAGAUACAAUGACUGCUUUGUUGUCUUGGUAUGUUUGCUCUGUCAUUGGUUUGACUUGAGGUUUGUUUUAGUAGUCAGAAACCAAACUUUGUGAGAAGAGAGAACUCAUGUAAAACAUGUCACAAGCACUAGAUCAUGUCGACAUAGAUGAUAACACGAUACAAUAAACUGCAUUUCCCUCACACUUAUCGCAGGGGCAGGUCUCACAUGUCACAUCUGUUUUAGGAAGUGACAGAGUGUCACCCAAUAAGCAGGAAACAAAAUGUUUCUAUUAAUAUGACAGUGCAGGGGAGUUAUUUGGCGAAUGCUGUUCAUGAGAAGAGUCUAAAUUCUGUGGGGUAGAAAGAAAGGCUUUAACUCCAAAAAGUAAAAAGAGCCUUUCAAAAAAAGGGCAGAUGUUUUGUGCUGUGGGGUGAGUUGAUGCAACUGUUCUCAAACUUCACAAUAAUGGAUGGAGUUGUAUCACCCUCAGAAUCAGCAAUGUCUGGAUUCCACUACACGUGUGAGCUGUUGAUUGUCCAUUCUUGCGAAGCUCAGGAAUGGGCUACAUAUCUGCAGAAGAUCUUGAAGUCGUCACGCAAGUUUCCCAAAAGGUCUAUCGUAUUGUAUGCAGUUGACAGUGCUGACCAGCUACAUGGAUGCGAACUGAACAUUUUCUAUAAUAGUAAAUGCAUUGUGCUGCUGCUGACAACAGCAAUCCUGGACAUUCUAAAUGACCCUGAAGUCCUGGGAACUUUUCAGAGACUCCUUCAUCCUCCACACAGAGUGGUGGCGCUGUUGUGUGGGAUGUCGGGCGAUGACGUACCCACUGAAUGGUUUGAAAACUGGCAGAGCUGGAGAAAACUGUAUGCUGAAGACGAACCUGCUCUUUACAUCUCCACCAUUCUAGAAUCCAUCGCUGACUGUAAUACAGAAGAGGCUGAACAUGAGGCGGAAGCUACAGCAAAAACAGAAGCAAAAACAGAGUGCGAAAUCCCUGUGGUUAUGAACCCCAAAGCUGAGGGGACAGAGGAAGAGUCAGUGACAGAACCAGAGUGUGUCCAGGACGACAAUGACGAUGUGAGAACAGAGAUCCACCCAAACCAGGAAAUGAGCCCCACACAACCCACCUGCCUCACUGUUCAACCAAACAGAGUUUUAUGCGGGGACCAUGCAACUAUUUUUAUAAUCUUUUCUAAUAAACUGGACAACCAGUUGAAAAUGGAGGUGGUGUUUGCCUCUGAAGAUUCAACUGCAAAACGGGUUCUAGGGAUUUUGGAGAAUGAAUACACUAUCAGUAUUAAUGCGCCUGAUAUGCCAGCAGGAGAGGUGUCACUCACUCUGUAUAGCAACGACUCACCAGUCUGUUUGAGGCCUGUAACAUACUACACAGCCAUCGGAGAAAUCAGCCGUUAUCUUCAACAUGCAGCUGCUCUCCUGAACUUUAUGUGUCAGGCAUUCAAUUUAACAUCCAAUACCACAGAGUCACUUGACAAUUUGCUGACAGACUCAUUACAAUGCAGGAUCCCUGCAAGUGGACUUCAUGUGUUUGGAAUCAGACAGCUAGAGGAAGACAAUAUGGCUGCAUAUCAGCGAAAGGAGGAGCUUCCCACUCUGCUUCAUUUUGCAGCAAAGUACGGGCUGAAGAAGUUGACAACAGUCCUGCUACAGUGUCCAGGUGCCUUACAGGCCUACAGCGUGAUAAAUAAGAAUGGAGAUUACCCAAAUACACUGGCAGAGAGGAGUGGCUUCUCUGAACUGAGACAGUUCAUAGAUUACUUUGUGGAGACAGCUGGCACGGCGGACGAAGAUGAGGAGGUGUACGAUUCCAACUCUUCUCAAGACAUCGCGAACGACUCCCUAAACCCUGGGUAUCAAGAAGACAUCUACGAGACCAUGUCCAACUCUUCUCAAGACAUCAUGAACGACUCCCUAAACCCUGGGUAUCAAGAAGACAUCUACGAGACCAUGUCCAACUCUUCUCAAGACAUCAUGAACGACUCCCUAAACCCUGGGUGUCAAGAAGACAUCUAUGAGACCAUGACCAAGUUAAACCAUGACUCCGGGGAAGACCUAUGUAAACCUGAUGCAGGUGUGCCCCAAGUUGGGGAGGAUACAACUGAUGAAGAGGUGGGAGACCAGGUGGAAGAACCAGAGGGGUUUGAGGACGAAGAACUUUACAACAUGUGUGUUUCUGAUCAAAUCUAUGACACGUUGGACGAGAGUGCAAGCUAUCUCCCGGAAAUUGUCAACCGUCCACCAGCCCCCAUUCCGAGACCUGUAACAUUUUCAGAGCCUGAGGAGUCCAAGACGUACAUUUCAAGAGUGUUUUCAGCAAAAGAAGAAUCAAGUCCACAGACGGACCUCAGAGAAACAGAGUCGUUCACUGUGAGGCCUGUGAGAGAUGGAGCCUCCACCUCCUCUUCCCACGACCCCUAUGCUGAGGUGAAGACCCAAGGCCAAAGGCAGCUCAUAGCCUUGCAGGAGAAGGUGAAGGUGGGGGUCCUGAGUGUGGAUGAUGCUGUCAAGGAAUUCAAGGCCUGGCAGUUUGAUGAGGAUAGGAGAUCUCAGUCUCUGCGUAAUCAACAGGAAAAUUUGAAGAGAUUACGAGGCAGCAUUACCAGACGCCACAAAGAGAGGGAGAAGAUUGGGAAGGAGAUCGGUCUGGAGAUAACCGCCCCACUACAGAGGAACCUUCCCUGGGGCGCCAACAUGGCUGUGGAGUGUUCUGUGUACGAGCCCACCCCACGGGUCAUUGCCCAACCCCCUCCUGUGACCCGGUCAAGCCAGAGAGACACCUGGAAGACUGGCAGUACCUCCAGCACAUCCAGUACUGGCAGUAACAGACCCAGCACACAUAGUACGAUUAGCUACAGCAGCGGAACUGAGCCUGACUUUGAGGACACAGCAGACUUCCUCCCUCUACCCCCACUACCUCUACCCCCACGGCCCGCUGAGGCCGCACCUCUACCUCCUCCCCCCAGAAUCCCACCACGACUCCCAGACAGGGCUGUUGAGAGUUUGCUGGAGGAGCGUUACGUGUCAUACCCCUCUCGAGCUCUCCCUCAGAGACCACCUCAGAGGAACAACUCUCCCCCUCUCAUACCCCGGAGAACACGAUGACACACAGUUCUGCUGUUCUAGCGUUUCAAAUGACUGCCCUCUAAAAUAUCUGUCAGGAACAAAUCAGGCAGUGUUACUUACAGUAUUAAUACCCCUUGACUUAUUCCACAUGUUGUGUUCCAGCCUGAAUUCAACAUUUUUUUUUUAACCAUCUACAUACAAUACCCCAUAAUGACAAAGCGAAAACAUGUUUUUCGAAAUGUUUGAAAAUGUAUUGAAAGGGAAAUACAGAAAUAUCUCAUUUACAUAGGUAGUCACACCCCCGAGUCAAUACUUUGUAGAAGAACCUUUGGCAGCAAUUACAACUCUCUUAAUCACUUCACCAUGCUCAAAGAGAUAUUCAAUGUCUGCUUUUUUAAACCCAUCUACCAAUAGGUGCCCUUCUUUGAGAAAACCAUUGGAAAACCUCCCUGGUCUUUGUGGUUGAUUCUGUGCUUGAAAUUCAAUGUUUAACUGAAGGUCCUUACAGAUCAUUGGUAUGUGUGGGGUACAGGAAUGAGGUAGUCAUUUAGAAAUCAUGUUAACCGCUAUUAUUGCACACAGAGUGGGUCCAUGCAACUUGUUAAGCACAUUUUUACGCCUGAACUUAUUUAGGCUUGCCAUAACAAAGGGGUUGAAUACUUAUUGACUCAAGGCAUUUCAGCUUUUCAUUUAUCUAAAAACCUAAUUCCACUUUGAAGUUAUGUGGUAUUGUGUUUAGGCCGGUGACACAAAAUAUAAAUUGAAUCAAUUUUAAACUCUGUAGCAAAACUGUAGCAAAACAAAAUGUGGAAAAAGUCAAGGGGUGUGAAUACUUUCGGAAGGCACUGUAUAUGAACAUCAUGCAUGAAGGUUUGGGUGUGUCGAACAGAACCACAUAGAACGCCAUCCUCAAGUCAGUCAAUUCGGUAAGUAAACUGAAAUUGAUAUUUAAAAGGGACAUCUUGGAUUCAAACAACAACAAAGUGGCACCCUGUCACUUUUUUUGGUGAACAGUUGAGGGGUGGGACUGUAUAAGCAUAAUAAAAAAGGCAUCUAUUUUCAAUUGCUUCUAAACUCAAAUGGAGAAGCUAUUCAUUUCAAACGUUUUUCAAUGUUAAAUUCAAAUCACUUUCUGAAUUGACUGACUUGAAUUCUAAUGACUACAACCCUACAAUAGACGCAGUGGUAGUGUAAAUGAUUUCGUAAUAACUAACAUGCGUUAGAAUUGUGAACGGUUUUCAACAAUCUGAUCAAAUAAGGAUUAUGUUUGUUUGUCACGCUUGUUCGUGGAUUGUGUACCACUGUAUUAUUAUACAUCCGAUCACACAAUGAACUUUGAUUUUUACAAAUGCAAAGAUGAACCAUUUAUGUAAUCUGUUUUAAAAUAAAUGUUUUGAGUUCAUGUUUGGCACGCACCACAAGACAUGGACAUGAACAUUCA